AUGCGCGAAAUGUCAUUGAAAAGCAACUCACCUGAUCUCCUAGCAGAAUACUUCGCUGUCUGUGGUUUACCAGAGGAACCUACGCCUUACGAUGUUUCAGAGAUUAUUCGGAAUGGUGAGGAAAUUGUCCUCUCUGAGUCUAAAUGCUUGGAUUUCUCUCGUUAUUCUACUCCUAUUGUUGACAUCCAGUUGAUUAAUUUAAGUCAGAAGGAGCAUCCACCAGACGGUUAUCAACUAAUCACGGAAACAGUUGAUGGUUCGGCUGAAUGCUCUCUCCAGAGUCGUGCAGGAGAGGAUUUGUUUUUUUUAUUCUCACCCAACUGUAUGCUUUAUAGGCUAGUUGACACUAAUCAACGAUUGAAGGCGAAUUCGUCAAACAUCACACAUACCGUUGGAAGUCGUCCGGCUGUGCUAAUGAAGAAGCGCUUCUUACCCAACUCCAACAUGUACUUCUCUUACAGUCGUUUACCCAAAAAUUAUGGUGUUGAUCAACUCGCGCUGACAGAUAUCUGCGUGAUUUUGAAGAACAAAGGUGAGGUCUGUCCGCUUGGAUACAAGGAAUUACCUCAGAAGUUGGUCUGUCCAUCGUCGGAGCUUGUGUGCGUGCAAAACUCGAGGCUUAAAGUCAUAUUAGCGAGCUCAGAUCCGAACCCCAGGCCAAUCGAUAACGGAACCGCGGUAUUUCUGCUCAGUUGGUGUGUGGAAGGCUUCCUGAAUGUCCCAACCAACUACUACUUCUUCUUCUUCUUCUUCACAUCCCUAGAUUCUGAAUCCCAACGCAUCUGUGACCCACGCACCGGGGCUGGUUGCGCUACGCAAGUGCUCGAAGAUUCCACGAAGGUCAGAGGCAUCUGGGAAGAAGACGGCGGGCUCUCCGCUGACAUGCACAUCUGCUACAAGAAGUCCUUCGUGAAACGCUACAUCGCCACCUACCAGCCCGAGGUGUUGAUGUGGUACCACGUGUGCCCCGGUAGAUCCCAGCCCCAAACCACCUCCAUCCUCGAUGGACACCAAAUUACCGCUCCCCUGCCAACAGUUCCUUUGCAGGAGAACGACCCGUUCAAGCCCCAACUGCAAUUCCGAAUUCGAUCUGACUUCCUUCGCGGCAAGAGUGACAUCCGCACUGCCGCUUGCUCGGUGACUUCGUUUGGGUGUUUAAAUCACUGCACCAAUCGCGUUCUCUCCGCAUUUUCAGACGACGCCCUGGCCGAGCCCAUCUUCAACAGCGUGGAUAUAGCCACAUUGGCGAACUUCUGCCUGCCCUGGGGCGCCGCCAUCGAGUCGUGGUCCGUCGAACAGAAUCCCCCCAGGUCGGUCUUCUUCACCUUCGUCGUCACAAAUGCCGCCUACCAAAAGUUUCACGGUUCCGCACUGACGUUCUACGAGCCCUACGACGUCUCGCGGUUAGACAGAGACCGGUGCUACCGUCUCGACGUCGACCCAGAACUGGCCCUGUUGAAUAAGGACGGCACAGCCGCCGAAGAUGACCUCUUCACCCCGGAGGAACUCGUUCGAAUCGAGCAUCGUCAGGGCGUGUUUGCGGCGUCCCGCGUCGGCGACCGUGUGCUUGGCGUCACCAAGACCAUCUGUCUGGUCUCCCGCUUCGACUUCAACGACGCCUUUCGACCGUUCCUCGCUUUUCUCGAGUCGUGUUGUUUCGGGCCCAAAGCCCGACCCAUUCCUCUUGAAAGAUAUCUUGCAUUUAUGCUCCAGGAAAUCCCCUUCCCUGAUCUCUGCUGUCCCUACGUCCUCGUCGAUCUCGAUGGCUAUCACAUGCGGCUGCAAAUUCCCUUCGAAAACUACAUGUCUAGUCCUUCUGGCGAGCCCUACGCGAACCUCCUUCACCGUAUCGGUUCAGAGCUCUGUCUGCAGCUGAUCGUUCAACUGUUGACGGAGCAGAAGCUUCUCUUCAUCUCUGUCAUGCCGGACUUCCUUGUCAAUACCAUCCAACAGCUAAUCACGCUGAUCCAUCCGCUGCACUGGGUCCUAGUCUAUAUCCCCCUCAUCCACAUGCGCUGCAUCCACGUGAUCCAAUCGCCGUCGCCCUACCUAAUCGGAGUGGACUCGCGCUUUUUCGAGUUCUUCUGUCUGCCCUCUGACGACGACAUCACCGUCAUCGACCUCGACACGCGCCUCUUCCGACCUGCCAUCAACAAUCGAUUCACCGACGCCAAGUGUCUGCCUAAGGGUCCCUAUAAGCGGUUGAAAUCGGCACUGGUAGAGAACGAAAAGCAGCUGGAGGAGAUUGCGAAGAAGAUACGCGAAGACGAGAAAUUGGGUGUCAAGUCUGAGGAAAAGUACACGAACCACAUCUGCCUCGUCGGCACCAAGGUCCGCCGUGCGUGCUUCUCCUUCAUGGCGGAGUUGCUUCAGGACUAUCGCGAAUUCCUUCUGCCCGUCACCUCCAAGGGUAGGGAACUCCUGUUCGAUUCCGAGGAGUACGUGAAGCACGCACCGGAGCGAAACUGCCAGCCGUUCUACAAGGCCCUAGUGGAGACGCAGUUGUGGGCGGACUUUGUGCGCGACUUGAACUGCAUAUCCGAGCGCACGCCGGAACUGGAGUCCUUCGACAACUGCAUCGCUCAGCUCAAGCAGCUCCGCCUCGGUCGUCACCGCCAACGGGGCUUCGCCGUCGACGACGACUGCUCCCAGGUGUCCAGCGGCUCUGGUGGCGACGGCAGCAUCUCGGACGGCCGCGUCAAUCGCAGCCACUCAGCGCUCUCGGUGCUCACGAACGGCGCAGGCGGUUCGACAAACUCACCCAGAGGCAGCAUCGGGGGCGCCCAGGAUGAUGCCAGUCUGAACGGAGGGUUGAUUGGUCUCGGCAACGGUCGUCUUUUCAACAGAUGCCUGCAUUUUAGUGAGUACUCAAAGGUGGUUGAUCCACCUGAUGGGGUGCUAGAGAUGGACCCCCUCUGCAUCGAUCUGCCCAUGAACCAAUUCACCUGGACCGGCAACGCUCAUUUCCCAGAAGCCAUCAACAGUGCCCUCCUGGACCAGCUGUGCAGUCGCAUUGCUCAGCGAACCGUAGCCCACACCGUCGAACCAAUCAACAUGCACAACCCCUCAACCACCUCCCUUCUCAGCGGCGAUUUCGUGGACUCGAUGGGGACUUGCGCCGACAGCCGUGGAACCCCCACCAACACCCAAGAGUUCUACCCGCCCGCAAAACACCUUCCACCUCCGUUGUCGUUCGUCCCCGGCAACGGUGUUCCUGAAGCCCUCGGCAUCGCGAAGCUGAACUCCCUGCUUAAGCGUACCCAACAGGAGACGACUGAUUGCUUGGUUAAUGGUCAGUUGGCUUGGUUGCUGUUAAACCGGAAUGGGAAGCGUCGUGACCUCGGUGGAUAUCUGUGGGCGGAACUGCUGCUCUCCGAGGUCUACUCCCUGUGGUUCCUUCUCCUUCCGGCGUUCAUCGCGUCCCUACAACAGCGCUACAGCGACUCCGCGACCGGGCCGGUGUGCCUCGAGGCUUGCUACUUCCUCUUCCACGUCGUCAAGAUGUUUCUGCGUCUGUGGGACUCGGUGCUGCAGCCGGUUGACCAGGCCUAUGUUCGCGUGCUGAUUGCUCUGCUUUACGAGUACGGCACCUCCGACCAGGGUGUGAUCCAGUUCUGGAGUAGUCGACCUCUCAACGCUGCCUCCUACGCCAUGGCCAAUCAGCUACAUCGUGAUCUGGGAUAUAAGUUGACGACGUCAGGUGAUCCCGAGACUGGAACCCGAGCGAUCUCCACCAGUCACCUCUCUGAGGGUUCCCUGGACAGCGCCAAUGUCCCGUUUGAGGGUUGUCGAAGUUUCGUUCCACAAACAACCCUCUCAGCGCCUGAUCGGAACACCAAGUUAGUGGAAAAUGAGCCAUCAGACUCGGGCAUCGUCGUCAGCGUCGGCUGCGACGACAGCACCGUCAGUAAUCAGCUGGGCGAAUCGACGGGCGGCGACAGUCAUCCCCAACCACCAGACCUCAAUGGAGUCGCUGGUGACUCCAAGCCAAGCCAAACUCCCACCACCACCACCACUAAAAAGGGGUGGAAGUCCUUCGCCCAGGCCUCGAUGCGGAAGCUCGCCUCCUUCACCGUGGAAUACCAGAACCCAAUUGUGUUCACUCUGGACCAGAACGCUCAGCUGAUCGACACAUCGCAGCCGCACAAGACCCCCCUGCCAACCCGAAGCCGCAGUGCGUGUGAGGCUGUGGAGGCGGGGGCCAGGCCCAUUGGCUACUGGAGUCUCUUCGGUCACCCUGGCAACAGUACGCGUCUGCCGCGCAACAUGCGACCUUGGGCUGUGGCAACCGAGGCUGCUGACACCGUGCCCUCCAACUCAGCUGUUGGCGGAAGUCGUGACUCCUUCGAGCGGAACCAAGCAGGCAACGCUGUUGUUGCUGUCGUCGAUCCGGAGGUCCAGUCCACCCAGAUGACCGCCUCGCCAUCCUGGCUGCAGCGUCUCCAGCGUCACCUGCCAGCGACCAUGUCUCCAGCACCUCCCAGACUCCCCGGGACUGGCGAAAGUCUGCGUGGCUCACUGGCCUCCUUCGACGAGGCCUUGAGUCUGACAGGCAGUGUCGGCACUACGGUACAGCCCUUCGACAGCCAGAUCUCAGGUGAGGCCUCUCCUCUUCUCCUCACCUCACGGUGGUGUCGAGCAUCGCCGAUCCCUUCCAUCGCCUACCAGCCGCCCUCGUGGCACGCGAUCGCAGGACAGCUCGCCGUCGGCUCCGUGGGCGACCGUGUGUGUCUGGCGAACCCCCUGGUCAUGCGCUGUCCUCCCACCCUCGCCUCGCCUCGUCGCCGCGCCUCCGCGCAGAGCACGUGGCGUCGCUCCCGGUCCUCCUCGCUUGCCACCAGCACUGGACGUCUCCACGUGCAAAGCAACGCCACCAUCGUCUCCUCGUCUGUCAUUGGUUCGGAGAGUGAGAUGGAUGGUGGUGGUGGUGGUGGGGGUAGCGGUUCACUCAAGCACUCGCCUUCGGCAUCUUCACCUGUGCUGAACUCUUAUUCCGACGACGCUCCAGUGCGUGCCACAAGUCCGUACAAACCGCACGCACGUUCGGAGUCGCCGCAGUCCUCGAAGCCGCCACUGCCCUCGUCCUCCUUCAAGUCCACCGGACAAUCAGCCUCACCACCGUCCGCGAGAGUACAGGAGCUGCGCAUAAUCUUCACCACCUGCACGCCCUGUCCGGCCUGCUGCCGCCCGGUGUACGACGAGGAGAUCAUGGCGGAGUGGACGCCAACCGGCGACCCCGUCACAGUCAGCUGUCCGGCCUGUCGCCAGGCCAUCAGUCCAAAGCUCACUGUCCGAACAAUCGCCGUUCUCGAGGCGCCGGUCCAAGGCAACAGCAGCAGCAAGCGAAGUGCUUCGCCUGCGCCUCCCACGAACCGUCCGACGCUGUCUCACGGCCUUAUCGAAUACUCGCUGCCCUUCCUCAGUCCGUUGUUGCUGCGUCGCCAGUUGGAGUCGGUGUUGUCCGCGUCGACCAGCAGUCUGGACUGCAUGGCAACCGAGGCGCUCUCCUCAGCCUCGCUGUUGCUGCACAAACAGCGGACGGUUCUGCUGUGGAACCUAGUCUACCACUUCCAUCGCGCCGGUCUGCCGACGCACCUGCUGGACGCCUUCGCUGCGUGGCUGAUGGACGCGCAGGCGGAGGCGCGCAGACUUGGUGGCGGGCGACGCGUUUUCUUCGGCGGAAGUCUCACUGUCGCCAGAGCUCUCUCUUGGGUGAAGCCAAUCCCGCAGCCAGGGGGGGAGACACCUGAUUGGUGGAUCGCCACUUGCACCAAUCAAAUUCGUUUGUUGUUGUUGUUGCAGGAGGUGACCUUGUCGCCGGAUCUGCCGGUGUGCGUGGUAGCUCGAUGGGAUGCUUUCCCGCGAAAAGGCGGAGCAGCAAACAAAACCGGUUCAUCAUUCUCACCCAUGCUCUACCGUCUCUGGGUCAACCAAAGUUCCAACAACGCUUCUACUACUAUUGGCGGAUGUAGUAUGAGCCCAUCGACAAGCGUGGCAGACCUGGCAGCGCCGUCGAAGGACGAGGAUCGAACGGAGUGCGCGCUGCACGAGAUCGUGCAAAUGGCCGGCGACGCGCUCACCUUCGAGAAUGUGCGGGCCGCCGUUUCGGCGCUGCAAUCGUUGAACCCGUCGGUCGACGAAUCGCACGAGCCAUUCUCCAUGUACCGCGAGCUCCUCAUGCUGUAUUCGCGCAUACAUGGCACGUCGUUGGAUAACUUCAACAAAUUUGACUCGGCCUACGUGAGGUACCUGCGAGAGGAGAUGGUGCAACUCACUGCCAGCCAGCAGCAUCGUUCGAACAGGAAUAAGGACCUGCCCUCGUCGACGGUUAUGGCGUGUCGAUGCAUCUUUCGGAAUCUCGCGCUAACUUGA